UGUAGUUUGUAAGAGAGGAGAGAGUUCAUCUGAUUUACAUGAACGUGACUGUGACAGCGUGGAGCGUCUACAAUCCAAACUGCGGCUUGGUCUCAGGUCUGUGAGAAUAAACAGCGUUUCUCGGGAGUGAGGGGUCAAGUUAAAAAGUCGCGAAUGUUUUGCCGAAAUCAGACCGCGAGAGCGACUAUCGCACGGGGCUCCGCGCUGGAGAUGGAGAUCCGCCGUGGAAAGUUCAGACAAAGUGUUUUCAUGGAAACCCCGCAGGACAGUGACAUCCAGAAGAAGAUCGACUAUGAGAUCCGGAUGCGUGAGGGUGCUUGUAAACUGCUGGCCGCAUGUUCUCAGAGGGACCAGGCGCUGGAGGCCUCAAAGAGUCUCCUCACCUGCAACGCCCGCAUCAUGGCCUACAUGUCAGAGCUGCAGCGCAUGAAGGAGGCACAAGUCAUGCAACGGGUCGCACGCAGGUCUUCUGAUGCCGGUCCAAUGGAUGACCGAUCCCCAUGUAAAGGCAAAGUAGCCAUUUCAGAUCUACGGAUACCUCUAAUGUGGAAAGACACAGAGUAUUUUAAGAAUAAAGGAGAGCUGCAUCGGUGCGCUGUGUUCUGUCUGCUUCAGUUGGGUGGAGAGAUCUUUGACACAGACAUGGUGAUGGUGGACAGGACGCUGACAGAUAUCUGCUUUGACAACACAAUUGUCUUUAAUGAGGCCGGUCCAGGGUUCGAGCUGCGGGUGGAGCUGUAUAGCUGUUGUUCAGAGGAGGACUACUCAGCAGGCAGCACACCGCGGAAGCUGGCCAGCAAGCUGAGCUCAUCUCUGGGAAGGUCAGCGGGAAAGAAAAUGAGGGCGGCCUUGGAGCCCGGAGCCUGCAGCCCCACUAGCAAUGGAGGAGGAGCGACAAUCCUGCUGCCUGUGCCCUCUGCACCGGGCCCCAAAUAUCAUCUUUUGGCUCACACAACCCUCAAUGUCUCUCACGUCCAGGAUAGCUUCCGCACACAUGACCUCACCAUCACAGGAAAUGAGGAGUGUUCGUACUGGCUGCCUCUGUAUGGCGGUGUAUGUUGUCGUCUGGCCGCUCAACCUCACUGUAUGACAGAACAGAUGAUGAGUGGCUGUCUGAGGGUAAAGCUUGGAGGUGAGCCACAAGGAUGGACAAAUGUCUACGGUGUUUUAAAAGGAACGAAUCUCUUCUGUUAUCAUCAAAAAGAGGACAAGGAGGCCAACGUGGAGCCUGUCUUAACUAUUGGGAUUAACAAAGAGACGAGAAUACGGGCCGCAGAGAAGGAUCCUCACAGCAAGGCACAGAAUAUCUGUAUCACUAACCAGUAUGGAGGAGAGGAGGUGACGCACACACUAGCUGCAGACAGCAGAGAAGAGAGACAGCGCUGGAUGGAGGCCUUCUGGCAGCAGUUCUAUGAUAUGAGCCAGUGGAGGCAGUGCUGUGAUAACCUGAUGAAGAUUGAGCUGCCUUCCCCACGCAAACCUGCCAUAGUCACACCCAAGCAGGGCUCCUUGUACCAUGAGAUGGUGGCCCCUGCAUCCGGAGAGGGGCUUUUGCUGCAGGAUAACGCUGUCUCUGCUGAGAUCCGAGCUCUGCUCUCCUCCUAUUACAAUGACAGGUGCACGAGUCCCGCCAGUGUCAGCCCCUGUUUCCGCCAGGCAUGGUCCCCUGACGCCUCUUCCUCCUCGGGUCGCUUCCGCCCCCGUACCCUCUCCCUGGACGCCAAGCUCUCCACUCUGCGCGGUCGGGGCUACAGUGGCUUCCGGUGCAACUGCCAACCGCCCACCGCCAGCUCUGUGUCUCCUCGCCCCGCUCAGACUGCUCUGUCCUGCUCCAGUUCCACUUCCAGCAGCAGCUCCAGCGAGGGAAGCAACAGUCAAGAGUCAGACCUGGGCUUCUCUAGACCGUCCGGCGCACGCCGCAGCUUGAGGAACCUGAGAGCUAAGCUAGACCCCAGGAACUGGCUGCAGAGUCAGGUGUAGCGGUCACACUUCCUCCGAUUACUGUCAGAGCCAUCACAACUUCCUGUGUCCCCCUGGAAAAAACUGCAAUACCUGAGGUCAUGUAUGCUCAAUGUCUGUCAUUGCGUUCUCUUUACAUAAUAAGAUCAACAUGAAAAAUGAACUUUUUCUUCUGCCUUUUAAAGGAGCCUCAGCAAUGGGAAUUCAGUACUAUUAGUUAUAUAAUACAGUGUUUCCCAACCUUUUUUUUGUCGCGGCACCCUUUGGAAAUUUUAACAAACU